GAGAUCCUCCUGAGCUCUGGGCUGCGCAUUCUUCACGACAUCCUUGGGCUUGGUGGGACGGCCCUUCCUCACUCGCGUGACGCACCGCCACCUUCUUCCUCGGCGGCACCGCCUCAGCCUGAACCAGAGCCUUCGAGCCGACCCGGCCCUUCCUCGUCCUCUUCGUCUAAGGCACCACCGCCGGGUCCGUCGUCGAGUUCUUCGUGGUAUGACCGGCCUGGUCCUUCUUCUUCUUCGUCUUCCAAGGCGCCACCGCCAGAUCCUUCCUCGGGCUAUACAUGGUACGAGAAGGGCAAGGGCAAAGGCCCCUGGAGACAGAAGGGAAGGCACGUCUGGGAGGACCCCCAUGGCAAAGUGUGGGAAGAGGUGUCCGACAUGUCCGACAUCUCCGAGGACGACUUUGAGAGCGAUGGCAGCUGGGAGCUGGACUCGGACUCAUCCGGUUCUGUCGUCAGUGUGGUCACCACCAAUACUGGGGCGAAGGCUGGUGUUUUGGUUGUGGAUGGGUGCGCACGCACCGGCGAUGGAGGAGCAGGUGCCUCCACUGACCCUCCGCCCACGGACUCAAAGAAGGCGCCACCGCCCCCUCCUCCUAGUGGCGAUGGUGGGCCGAAGACCAAGGCCAAGGUCUCCACCCAUGCGCUGAAGUGCCCCACUUGCAAUCGUCCUCGUGGAGACAACAGCAAGGCCGUCGUCUCCACCGCCUUCUACAGCUUCGGGUUCUACACAGGCCGCUCCCAAACCACCGCCACCCGGUGCCUUCAGCAAUACACUGCACUGGGUGUGUGGAAGGCAAUGUCCAUGAACAUGCCACGCAUUGGAUAUGCCCUCACUGCCAGGCCGAGGAGCGCUCCGCUCAUCAACCAUGGUCAAGCCGCAGAGGAUCGCUUCGUGGUCAAGGGUGCAACAGCCAUGCCGGUGGUCCUUAAUCGGCGAGAGGUGGUGAACCAAGGCUCGGGGAUGGGCCUAGAGGAGGUUGUCGAAGUCGAGGAGGAGGAGAUGGGUAUUCCGUCCCAGGCUACAGACGAUGUGGUGGCUCCCACCCCGACCGAGACAACUGCAAUGGAGGUGGACGAGCCCGAACCGGUGUCUGCCUAUAUCCCUCCUACAGCAAAGUCAUCAGGGAUCCCGGCAGAGGCCUAUCCGGGGCAGACCGUUUGGCACUCGCCUCAGCCCAGCUCCCCGGUGAUGAGCACGACCUCAGACCGAUUUCUUACUCACCGGGAGAUUUUGUGGCUGAACCAGCCCCCGAGCCGGGGCACGAUGGACCAACGGGGCCAGGCCAGGGGCCCCAUGGGCGAGACACGGCCGCUGGCCAUAGUGUUACCAAAUGGGGAAGCUCUCUGGUUUACAACCCGUGACAUCGAUGUCGACACGCCGAGAUUGGUUAUCCCCUGGUCUUUGUUCCAGUAUUUAGCUAUGUCGAGAAGAUCCCUCAGUGGAUUCCAAUCCUGGGGCAAAGUGGGGGUGGUGUACAUCCGACGUGUGGCGCAGGACAUCAUACAUGGGGCACAGCAACGUGGGUCCAUUAUGGAUCGCAUUCGGGAGGCGAACCGCACCAACCCGUUGCUCAUGGACCUCCAGUCUGCGUACCCAGAGCCCCAAGACGCGGUUCCGCCCACAAGUGCCAGCACGGGGGCGUACCGCCCAAAUUUCAACUUCCGGGACUUCCUCCAGAGGCCAAGUUUCGGAGAACAUUUUCAUCCAGGCGAAGGACCGCCCCGUGUUGGCCGGGGCCCACUCCCCUGCAUCUACGACCAGCCCGCGCACGAGAUGCCACUGGCGGCGUCGGUUGGGGAAGCAGACCAUGCCUCCAAUUGCAUGGGUAUGUGGGCGCGAAGGCUUCUGGGCCAGGAGAACCCAAGUCCUCCUUCAAAGGGUGUACCACCCAAGGCUACUCCCUCGACGCCCGCUACGGAACCCACGACUCCAACAGCUGAACCAGCUCCCGAAGAGGUCGAGGAAGACGAAGAUUCAGACGUGGAGCUUACAGCUGAGGAGAGAGCGGAGGUGGCCAGAAUUGAGGAGGAGUGUUCCGAACUGGAACGACGGAUGAGGAAUCUGUCGGUCACACAGCAACGGUCCCUCCUCGAGAACCUCGCCAAUGCCUCAAGUGCUGUUAUAGGUGGCCUCCUGGCAGACACUGUGAGGCGUACCGCCCAGAUGAGGGGAAAAGGAGCAAAAGGUAGCGGAAGGCCGAAAGUGAAGGCGAAUCAGGCCUCUGCAAACAAAGAUCCAAAGUAA